AGGGGUCCCUUUACCUUUAAAUACUGCAAGAGCCAGCCCCUGCUCGCCUGAAAGUUGGGUUUGCUUUGUACAUGGGCUCUUGCAGGCAUUUGAAACAGUCCAGUUAACCACCUCCUCAUUGCUGCGGGCGACUUCACCAGGCGGCGACAACAGAUCUGCAUUCGGGGACCUUUGCCCCAUGCCAUUUUUGUGUGCUGGCGAGGGAAUGGCCUGAGAGAGAGAGAGAGGCAGGAGAAGCGUUCUGGAUUUUGCAUGUUUAAAACGAUGAGGUGGGAAACGUUUUGGAACCAGUAGGCACUCCCUGCCUUUGCCGUGGUUCCAGGAGUAGCCAGGAACCUGGGAUUUCCCCAGCGCGGGCUGAGAAGCAAAGACCCGAGGGAAGGUAGAAAGGCAGAUUGCGGAUGUCCGGGUGACUUGAAGAUGGCAGAAGCAUUAGGAACUCAGAUAUAUAAGCUAAUCGCCGAACGGCACCUUAAACCUACAGUUGCCACAAUUAGGGGCCAUUUCCCCCAAAAUGGGGUGUGUUGUGGCGGGUUAUUAUUAUUAAUUUCUAGUCUAUACUACGUUGUAUUUUAAAGAGGGAGGCACGGGGAUAUCUCAAAGCUGUUUACAGCCCAUUAGCGCAUCAAAUAAAACAACCCAGAAUGAAAUGAAUCCAAGCUUCCGGGAAAAUAUUUCAGAUUCUUUUCUAAGUGACAUUUCGCUUUCUCCAUAUUUUUUUUUACCUAAAUUUAUAGAGCUUCUCCCAUAGCGGAAGGAUUCUACAGAGCCAGUGUGGAGUAAUGGUUAGAGUGACGGACGAGGGCCUGGGAGAUCGGGGUUCGAAUCCCCACUCCCGUCAUGAAGCUCAGUGGAAUUUGUGGGAAAGCUUAAUUAUGUUUACAGACCCAAGUAGUCUUAAAAUGCCUACCAUGAUUCUGCUCUCCGGCUGCUGAUGCCAUCGCAUCCUCGGUUGCCAUGACAACGGGCGACUGCUGCCACCUCCCGGGCUCGCUGUGUGACUGUCCGGGCAGCGCCGCGUUGUCCAAGUCGGUGGAAGAUUCCGACUUUGGGCGUCCUCAGUACGUCACCCAAGUCACGGCCAAGGACGGACGGCUGCUCUCGACUGUCAUCAAAGCCCUGGGGACGCAGAGCGAUGGCCCGAUCUGUCGAAUCUGCCACGAAGGCGGAAGCGGAGAAGGCCUGCUCUCGCCCUGCGAUUGCACGGGCACCUUGGGGACCGUCCACAAGAGCUGCCUAGAGAAGUGGCUUUCCUCCUCCAACACGAGCUACUGCGAACUGUGCCACACCGAGUUUGUCGUGGAGCGGCGGCCCAGGCCCCUGAUCGAGUGGCUGAAGGACCCCGGCCCACGCAACGAGAAACGGACGCUGUUCUGCGACAUGGUGUGUUUCCUUUUCAUCACCCCGCUGGCUGCCAUCUCCGGCUGGCUUUGCCUCCGCGGUGCCCAAGACCACCUGCAGUUCAAUAGCCGCCUGGAGGCCAUCGGCCUGAUUGCCCUGACCAUAGCACUUUUUACCAUCUAUGUCCUUUGGACACUGGUUUCAUUCCGCUACCAUUGCCAGCUGUACUCCGAGUGGCGAAGGACCAAUCAGAAAGUCCGCCUGAUGAUCCCGGACUCGAGGAACCCGCACCCUGUCUCGCACUCGCUGCUCUCCGCCAAGCUCCUGAAGAAGAAGGCCGACGAGACGACCGUAUGAGCCAGGAGCGGCCCUCCGUAGGCGAGGGGGGCCCUCCCCUCGCACGGGGCGGGGGGCGGGGAGGAGGGAGAGAGAGAGAGGAGAGCGGGAUAGCACUUUCUCCCGCCCACAGCGGCAAAAGACUCGCCUAAACAAUCAGCCCGACCAAAGGGGGAAUCUUGCCACUUGCCCCGUUCCGCUGCGGCGAGAACACAGAACGACAACUGAGCCCCCCAGGGGUGUGUGCAAUGAGCCUGGCUGGCGGUGGGCCCUGAGCGCCCGCCGGCCAGGCUCCGUCUUCGAGACGAAACCUAGCAAAGGAGAAAGAAAGCCUCUCCCUAUAUCCAUAUAUCUAUAUUAUAUUACCAUAAUUAUUGUUGUUAUUAUUAUUAUUAUGAUUUUGUCACUCUUCUUAAUUUCCACGCCUGGUGUUGUCGCUGUUGCUGCUGUUGCUGUUUGUGUCCAGGCCCCUUUUUUUAUGUUGUCCCGACAGACGUCCCCGCGAGAGAUGCGGAGAGGCCACCUGCCCGUUGCUGCUGCUUCGACGCCCCACCACCACCCCCUCCCGCUCACCUCAAGGCCGUUGCGCUUUGUCGGUUUCGCCCGGUGGAGCAUUUGCUGCGGAGGUUUCUCGCCGCCGCCCGAAUUCUACGCGGCAACCGCUGCGGCUGCCGCAUUUCGGGGAAGGCUCGAGAAUCGAUGAGUUCUUAACCCCCAGCGGUUUAAUACCUGCUGUCCCUGUGGGUAGGAGCUGGGAAAUGUCUGAGGAAGGCGAGGGCACCUCUGCAAUAAAUAUUCACCCCGCGAAACACACCGGGCGUAUUUUCAAGAACUUGCAAUGACUUUCUAAGCUGUUAUGAAAAGAAGCGGGGGGAAAGCAAUGUGCAGCUUGUCAUCUGAUCGCAUUUGGGAAUGAAUUGGUGCUCUUCCGAAGAACCGGAGGGUGGGAGGGAAGUUUCUUCCCCUUUUGCGCCCUUCUUUCCUCGGGGUCUCUCCAAGCCCCCUUUCCUGUUUUUGCACUACAUAGAUUUUUUGAGUGGGGGAGUGCCGAGCCCCCUCCCUCGUCCCCCCCCUCUUGUUUCUUUGUCAGUGAUGUUUCUCUUCCCCGGCCAGAGGAUUCUGUGUGUUUGAGAAUGGAUUUGAAGUAUAAUAAUAAUAAUCCCAGGAGGAGUAAAAAAAGAAAAAAAAAUUGAACCAA